AUGGUAAUUAUUUUCUUGUUACAGGACCGCGAUGAACAGACCAAACUUGAAAUGAAACAUAGACAAGAAGAAGAUGAUCUGUACAGAAAAUUCUCAAAGCACAGAGAAGAAGAGAACAGACGAAUACGGGAAGAAAUACAGGAUGAAUGGGAGAGAGAGUUGGAGAGAUUAACGAACAGAUUUCAACAAGAGAUGCAGAUAAAGAAGAGAAGGCCAGAUGCCGAGAUCGGUGCGUUAACAUUACGGCAUCAGCAGGAGAGAGCAGAUUUAGAAAAGAACAUGACAUUAAGAAGAGAUAAGAAGAAGGAAAGUCUGACGAGGAAGAUGUUGGAACAUGAGAGGGCUGCCACGGCCGCGUUAGUAGAGAAACAGAGUCAUGAAAUGAUGGAACUCAUCCAAGAACGACGGUCCGAAUACAUGGCGGAAUCCUCCCUGUACUUGGAUGGAGAGGAAGCACCCCCCUAUCCAGCGAGAGCGCCCCCUCCACAACCACCUUUAGUCUCUAAGUUUCACAUUUACACAGAUCCUGCAGAGUUUUCGGAGGUCGAUAAAAUUGCAAUAUCGGUGGCCCAAGAAGAUCAGAAGACGUUCACAGAUCUAGUCCGUCAGUUGGUUGGGAGAUGCGCGACGGAUGUGGAGAAAGCGCGAACCAUCUUCCGUUGGAUCACAGUCAAGAACCUCAAUAACAUACAGUUUGAUGAUAACCUCCGCGGGGACUCCCCCCUUGGUCUAUUGAGGGGCAUCAAGCACGGCACUGAAAGUUACCAUGUACUCUUCAAGAGGCUAUGCAGCUAUGCUGGUCUCCACUGCGUAGUUAUAAAGGGCUACAGCAAGUCAGCUGGCUACCAACCAGGAGUUCGCUUCGAGGACAAUCGCUUCAGAAACUCUUGGAACGCAGUUUAUGUGGCGGGAGCGUGGAGAUUUGUGCAGUGCAACUGGGGGGCGCGACAUCUCGUCAACGCUAAGGACGCACCCAAGCCGGGAAAUAGGGGGAAAAGUGAUAGCUUAAGAUAUGAAUACGAUGACCAUUAUUUCUUGACGGAUCCUCGUGAAUUUAUCUACGAGUUCUACCCUCUGCAGCCAGACUGGCAAUUGCUCAAGACACCGAUCACCCUUCAUGACUUCGAAGAGCUGCCGUUCGUCAGGUCACUCUUCUUCAGAUAUGGCCUCUACUUCAGCGAUCCUAACACUAAGGCAGUCAUGUUCACAGACUCCACUGGUGCGGCGACUAUGCGCAUAGCCAUGCCGGCACAUAUGCAGAGUUCGCUGAUAUUCCACUACAACCUCAAGUUUUAUGACACGGAGGGGGAUGGCUUCGACGGCGUCAGUCUUAAGAGAUUCGUGAUGCAGUCUGUGGUCGGCAACGUCGUAUCGUUCCGUGUGCACGCGCCGUGCAGCGGCGCCUUUCUAUUGGACAUCUUCGCAAACGCCGUCACACCAAGGGAAUAUCUUACCGGAGAACCCAUGAAGUUCAAGAGUGUUUGCAAGUUUAAGAUAUGCUGUGCGGAACUACAGACCGUGAUGGUGCCUUUACCAGACUGCGCGAGCGGAGAAUGGGGACCCACCAAAGCCACCAGGCUCUUUGGUUUAGUUCCAAUUACACACCAGGAAGCACUAGUGUUCGCAGGCAGGGAACUAGAAAUACAAUUUCGCAUGUCCCGGCCCCUAGCGGACUUCAUGGCGACCUUACACAAGAACGGGGUGGACGAGAAGCGUCUCUCCAAAUACGUGCAUCAGAAUGUCUCGGAUGACAUCGUCUCGUUCUAUAUCACAUUUCCAGAAGAAGGUCAAUAUGGUCUAGACAUUUACACUCGGGAACGCAACGGUCCAACAGCAAUACAUCAAAACGGCUCAACAGAAAAGGAGAAGCAUCUGCUGACACAUUGCUGCAAAUACCUCAUCAAUAGCAGCAAACGUAAUUAA